GGUUUCCCAUACCCACCCAUAUUACAUGUCCCAUUGUUAUUCUUUUUUGUGGGCAUCUACUUGUUGACUAUCCUUAGUAACCUCCUGGUCUUCUUGGCCACGAUCCAUGAGCCUCGGCUACACAAGGCGAUGUACUGGCUCCUUUGCCACUUAGCCAUUCUGGAUAUUGCCGCCUCCACCAUUGUGGUGCCCAAGAUGAUAGCUGCCGUUCUGGAUGGCAACAAAGUCAUCUCCUUUGCAGGCUGUAUAACUCAGCUCUUCUGCUAUCAUUUUGUGGGCUGUACAGAAUGCUUCCUUUACACCGUGAUGGCCUACGACCAUUUCUUGGCUAUCUGCUGGCCACUUCACUAUAGUAUCCUCAUGAACCGCAAAAUCUGCCUCUGGCUUUUUAUGGACACUUGGUUUGGUGAGUGUUUGCAUUCAAUCCUAGAGACAACCCUGACUUUUCAGUUGCCCUAUGGACCACGGAACGAGGUAAGCUAUAUCUUUUGUGACAUCCCAGCCAUGCUGAAGUUGGUAUGUGUAGACACCUACUUCAAUGAGAUGUUCACCUUGAUUGAUAUUGGUCUCGUCGCCAUGAGCUGUGUU